CAGGAAGUGAGUCUUCAUCAUUUGUAAACUUCAUGAUCGAGGCUUCCUGUUUGUUGAAAUUAAAAAGACUCUUCAAUUGAAACUUGAAUCGCUUAGCUUUCAUCAGCUCAAGCUUUAAUCGCUUAGCUUUCCCAGAUUUCUAAAUAUAUCCAUUGCGGCAAGCUGUAAUUAAAGUUUGAGCUAGCAUGCCGAGUGAGCAUGUCCCGGCCUGCAGUCAUUCGGCGGCUAAAUAUGCUUAUGGAUCAAUCUUUCUUCUUGCAAGUAUAUUGUCUUGGGUUCUUCGCGAUACGGAAUUCGGUUAUACUUCUUUGAAAGGAAUGGGAAGGCUAAAAUACUGUAAUGGUAAAGCAGAUUGCUUGGAGGAACAAGGAGUAUUUAGAAUGAGUUUCGGAUGUUUUAUGUUCUUCUUUGUUAUGUUUGUCUCCACGGUAGGCACUUCUGAGAAGGAUAGCUGUAGGGGAAGGUGGCACUCAGGGACCAUAGGAAUCUGGAUUUCCAAGAUUGUGUUAAUUGUUCUCCUGAUUUUCAUUUCAUUUUUUCUCCCGCCGGAGAUGAUUUCAACCUACGGAGGGUUUGCAUAUGCCGGAGCUUGGGUCUUUUUAAUAUUCCAGUCUAUUAGCAUAAUGAGUUUCAUCAAUAAGAUAAAUAAGUGGUGCCACCCUGAAAAAGAUGCAGACAAAAGUAAAAAGUAUUGGGUCUUGCUUGUUUUGGCCAAUAUUGUGAUAUGGGUCCCGAUAAUCUUUAUGUUCUAUUGGUAUGUGGUACGCACGUUUUGCAAGGUUAACUUUCUCAUUAUCUUGGGAACGGUCAUAGUCAUCGGAGGAAUGUAUAGUUUGUCUCUUCUUCCCGAUGCGAAUGCUAUUUCUCUGCGUUCGAGUUUAAUGGGAACAUAUGUUAUAUUUCUCUGCGGGUCAGCAAUCAAAAGUGAACCUCCACUUGCAAAAUGCUCGGGAUGGGGAGGAUCUGAUACGUCUAAAGUUGAUGCGCUCACCAUCAUAGGCUUUGUGGUGGCUUUCGGUGCAAUGGUGUUUGCAGUGUACUCGACAGGAAUAGAUUCCCAAUCAUUCAGGGUCAUAAUAAAAUAUAUACCAUUCAUACAUAAGAACAAAUAUCACGGUGAUGAUGAUGAUGGUGUUCCAUAUGGCUAUGGAUUCUUUCACCUUGUUUUUGCCACAGCCUCCAUGUAUUCGGCAAUGCUAUUUGUCAAUUGGAACAUCCACCACCCUUCGAAUAAAAGGUUUACAAUUGAUUCUGGAUGGACUAGUACUUGGAUGAAGAUAGGAAAUGAGUUAUUUGCAGCCGUUGUAUACGCAAUCGUUCUCAUUGCUGACAUUUAUCAAGAUGGUGAUGAUUGAAUAUUAUUUGUUCGUGUUGUCAUAUUUCAAGGAGGUACAUUAUUCCAGAUGAAAGGGAACCAAACGAUUUGUUUUACACACAUAUAUAUGGUUCAUUUAAAUUUUAGGGGGCAUCGUACCUCAAACUUUACGGAUAUGACAAUGUUCUUUUAAUUUAUCAUAUAGCC